GCUUAAAACGUCACCGCUCAGAAACAUCAGUAUCCCCGCUCUCCUCAUAGUCCCUAACAAUCAAGUUAUCGACAAAAGAAAUGUCACCAUCGCUACCGCCACCCGCACCGCCACCUCUAAACCGUAUUCAGACUCUAGCACUACCUCUCUUCUCCUUUCUUUUCUUCACAUUUUCACUACCAGUCACUUCUCACACCUCUUCCUCCACCUCCCCUCCUCGGCCGCACUCCACUUCUCUCUCCGAGUGGCGAUCUGCACAUGCAACCUAUUACGCAGCCUCCGACCCGCGCGACUCUGUCGGCGGUGCGUGCGGUUACGGAGACUUGGGAAAAUCAGGUUAUGGAUUGGCGACAGUGGGUCUGAGUGAGGCUAUGUUCGAGCGCGGCCAGAUCUGCGGCGCGUGUUUCGAGUUGCGGUGCGUGGAGGACUUACGGUGGUGCAUCCCUGGUACUUCUGUCAUUGUUACAGUUACUAAUUUCUGUGCUCCAAAUUAUGGAUUCACCGCUGAUGGCGGAGGACACUGUAACCCUCCGAACAAACACUUCGUGCUUCCGAUUGAGUCGUACGAGAAGAUCGCUAUCUGGAAAGCUGGUAACAUGCCUGUACAGUACCGGAGGAUAAAAUGCAGAAAGGAAGGAGGAAUGCGAUUUACUGUAUCAGGAUCUGGUAACUUCAUUUCAGUGUUGAUCAGCAAUGUGGCAGGCGCUGGUGAUGUAACUGCGGUGAAGAUUAAAGGUUCAAGAACAGGUUGGCUUCAAAUGGGUAGGAAUUGGGGCCAGAAUUGGCAUAUUAAUGCUGAUUUAAAGAAUCAACCUCUCUCAUUUGAGGUCACAAGUAGUGAUGGCCUCACAAUUACCUCUUACAAUGUUGCUCCUAAAGAUUGGAACUUUGGGCAAACUUUUGAAGGCAAGCAAUUUGAGACUUAAGUGGGGUAGCUAGAAGAUAAAUAUAUAGACAAGAGAGCAUUCUUUUUUCCUCUUUUUGGCCUCCUUAAUUUUUAUUGGCUUUUCAAUUUACCAUGGGACUUAAAAGGAUUGUAGCUAGGAUUGCAGAAGGAAAAAGAUAAAAAGAAAAAAAAAUGUAUAAAGCAAUGUUGUUGCAAGGUAAAACCAAAUAUGUAAAAUGAUCAAACCUUCUACUUGUUUGGGUAUGAAGAUGUGGAAUGUCUCAACCUUUUAUUGCA